UGUCAGCAAGCUAGAAAAACCAUAUACCAAAUCCAAGAAAUAAGAGUAAAAGAGUUUUUUGAACAAACAAUGCUCAACAUAAACCAAAAUUCUUCUUCUCAAUUUCAUAAAACUCUCAUUACAAUAAUAUGUCUAUCAAUAUGAUUCUUUAUCUCUUCAUUUUUUACAUUCUUUCAAUGAUUCCAAGUGUUACAUCUCAAUCACAAAAUGUAGAAACUUUCUUUCCUUUUCCUUUGCCUAAUCUUCUCCCUCCUCCUAUUCCGCCCGUUCAACGAUCACCACCACCACCACCAUCAUCUCCUCCGGUACUUCCACCGGACCCCACUGAUAAGCCUGCGUUACCGCCUUCCGUGUCAACACCAGAUACAUCAUCAAACAAGGCUGUUGGAACAGCUAUUGGUGUGACUGCAGCUAGUACUGUUGUGUUAUCUGCUCUUUUGUUCUUUUUCCUUGUUAGGUACUCGAGGCGUAGGAGAAAGCAACAAGAAGGUACCGCGGUUGGUGAUCCACGCGGUGGUGGUGGUGCUAUUCAUCAAGAUCAAUUCUUGAAAUUUGAAGGGAAUUUAAAAGGAGUGAUUGUUGAUGAAAAUGGAUUGGAUGUGCUUUAUUGGAGGAAAAUGGAGAGUGAUGAACAGAGGAAAGAGAGUUUCAAGAAGAAGAAGGUGUUUGUAAAUGCAUUGAGAGAUGAAGAAGAGAAGAGGAUGAUUAGUCGAGGCGUCGGUGGACGGAAGAAACCAGAUCAUCCAAUUCAAGAAUUGCCUCUGCUUAGAGGCAAAUCUUCAACUUCUCAAAGCCCUUCUUGGCUUGAUUUAGAAAACAAACAACCAAAUCCUGAUGAUGGCAUUGUUUUUCACCCCAUGGAGAGACAAGCAUCAUCAAGUCAACUCGAAACACGAGCUCCUCCACCUCCACCAGCACCGCCAUUGUCUGUAUCAGCGAUACCAAAGGCGCCUGGUCCACCACCACCACCGCCACCAGGACUAAAGAAAGGCCCUCCACUACCUCCACCACCUACUCAUUCAUCAGCAUCAUCAUCAGGGGAAGGGGGUUCAGGAAGUGGAAAUGAUAAAGUGAAACUAAAGCCAUUGCAUUGGGAUAAAUUGAAUGCUAAUGUUGAGCAUUCAAUGGUUUGGGACAAACUCGAUCGUGGAUCGUUCAAGUUUGAUGGAGAUCUUAUGGAGGCACUAUUUGGAUGUGUGGCUACAAACAAAAAGCCCUCAGGAACAGAAAGUAGAGCUUUGAGUCCAAGAGCAGAUAUAUCAGGUCCACCUUCUCAGAUAUUCAUUCUUGAAACCAGAAAGUCACAAAAUAUUGCAAUUGUACUUAGGUCACUUGGUGUUACUCGUAAAGAGAUUAUCGAUGCACUCAUCGAUGGACAAGGUUUAAGUGUUGAUACUCUUGAGAAACUCUGCAGAAUAGCCCCAACAAAAGAAGAGGAAACAGAAGUUGUUACAUUUGAAGGAGAUCCUACCAGAUUAGCUGAUGCUGAAUCUUUCCUCUUUCAUAUACUUAAAGCUGUUCCAUCCGCCUUUACUCGUUUCAACGCCAUGCUUUUUAGAUCAAAUUAUGGGACAGAAAUUCAGCAUCAUAAAGAGUACUUGCAAACACUUGAGUUGUCUUGCAAGGAGCUUAAAGCUCAAAGAUUGUUCUUGAAACUUCUAGAAGCUAUUUUGAAAGCGGGGAAUAGAAUGAAUGCCGGAACUUCAAGAGGAAACGCACAAGCGUUUAAACUUACUGCUCUCAGAAAACUGUCUGAUGUGAAAAGUAUGGAUGGUAAGACCACAUUACUUCACUUUGUUGUGCAAGAAGUAGUCAGAGCAGAAGGAAAACGUUGCGUUCUAAAUCGUAAUCAAAGUUUAAGGCGUAGCAAUAGCCAGACUACUGCGAGCAGCGCCAUUCCGACAUCAAAGAACACUACAGAAAAUGAUGAGACCGAGAAGGAGUAUAUGAUGCUUGGCUUACCAAUAGUGGGUGGAUUAAGUUCUGCAUUUAGUAAUGUAAAGAAAGCAGCUGCAAUAGACUAUGACUUGCUGUCCAAGACGUGCUCGAUGCUAACAGCUCAGAUAUCUGAAAUAAAGACACAUUUGGCACAACGCGACAAUGUUAAAGGACUAUUCGGUAAAGAGAUGAAGAAAUUCCUGGAUGCUGCUGAAAAAGAAAUGAAAACAGUGAGAGACGAACAAGAUAGAGUAAUGGAACUCGUGAAGAAAACAACAGAUUAUUAUCAAGCAGGAGCUUCAGAUGAUAAAGGAUGGCAACCACUUCAACUAUUCGCCAUAGUUAAAGAUUUCCUAGAAAUGGUUGAUAAAGUUUGUGUAGAGAUUACAAGAAACAUGCAGAAAAAGAAACCCCUUGUAGCUGUUGGAGGAUCAUCAUCACCAGGAAUGGAAAAUAGUAGAGCUGUCAGAUUUCCAAAAUUGCCUGCUAACUUCUUAUCAGACAUUUCCAAGAGCAGUUCGUCUUCUGAUACUAGCGAUGAUUCAUGAAUAUACCAGACAAGAAAAUCGAAAGGGAUCAAAUUCUGUACAUAGAGAGGAAAAGUAUAAAGUAUUUUUAAGUGUACACACAUUUGUUUCACUAAUGAUUUCAACUUUUUGAUAUUCUUUUCCAAGUGUUUCAUGAUUAUGUGAAAUGAAUUUCAACUUUUUUCCCUUAUCUGUGUUUCACCGGCCAGACGCCACUUGAUGUGACUACACUGAGUAUGUUAUUGUAGUAACCACGUUUCACUAAAAACCUUCUAAAUCAAUCAUCCAUGUGUUUUUAGGGAAAUCCACACUUUCAUUAUACACAUAGCUGCAAAUGGAUUAUUAUUCCAAAAACUUCUUAGUUGCAUAGAAUGUUAGUCUCCCACAUCAGUUGAUCGAAUGAUUUGUGAUCUCCUUAUAUGAUCUUUAGCAAUCUUUCAUCUCGUGGACUAACUUUUGAGGUUGAGUUAAAUUCGAAGACCAUUUUCUUCACAUGGUAUCAGAGUCUAACCAUCUAUAUUCUUGUUAAGCCUAUGUUAGCCCCAUGUUAUAUUGUCCAUGCACCAGGUGUCCAGUCCUCAGCUCACGAGGGAAGGAAGUGUUAACUGUUGAGUCUCCCACAUGGGCUGAGGUUAUGGUCUCGGACAAUCCUCACCAGAUGACCUAUCUUUGAGGUUCAGUCGAACCCAAAAUUUAUUUUUAUCAUCAGUAUGCAUCUAAGCACUAAUAUGGCUGAGGUGGAAAUACAAAAUGAUCUCCAAAAUAGUUGUUUUAUCACACUUCCGUUCUUUGCUUGAAAAGAAAAUUCAGUGUUUUAUCACAUUUCUGUUCUUGCUUGAAUAGAAAAGGUAACAACAAA